AUGCUCCCACGCCUGCAGUGGGCAGUUAAAAAACUGCCAAAUCCCGCCCGCUUCUUCAGCGAAACCCCAAUAACCCCCGCCAAACCCCUCCCUCCACGCCUGAAAAUCAACGAUGCCGACAUAUCAAUCUCCUACCUGAAAGGCACAGGGCCUGGCGGACAGAAGAUCAACAAAACCAAUUCCGCCGUCCAGAUCAUCCACAAACCAAGCGGGAUAGUAGUGAAAUGUCAAGCGACGCGGUCUCAGUCCCAGAACGCCAAGACUGCGCGCUCGCUAUUGGCGGAUCGGGUUGAGGCGCUGGAGAAGGGAGAUAAGAGUCGGGUUGCUAUUAAGGCCGAGGCGAAGAAGAAGAAGAAGGCUAGUAAGCUCAAAAAGACUAAGAGGAAGUAUCGGGAGCUUGAAAAGGGAAAGAAAGGUGAGGUCGAAGAGGAGGAGGAUGAGGUGGAGAUUAUCUGGGAUGAUGAAGUUGUGGAAAGCAAAGAGACGCCUGAGGUUGCGAAUAAGGUUGAGGUUGAGUCCCCUGAGAAGUUUGAGAAAUCGGAAGAGCCUGGGAAGAGUGUAUGA